AGCGAAUAUACCAAAAUUUUCGUUUUUCUAUCAUUCUCUCUCUUAAUUUUUUUUUUUUGUUAUAAUGCAAAUCAGCCUGGUCAAGACGUUUGUUUUGAUUAGCAGCCUGAUUGUUGUGCAAAUCGAUGGCAUACAAGACGCCGACGGCAAACGGAUUGUAAGCAACUACGAGCGCAUCAAGCAGCUAUAUCCACAGCUAACGUCCGCGGAGUCGACGCAUUGGCGCUACGCGGACAAGGAUCUGGAGCAUCCGUGCCGUCGCGACUGCGUCGAGCAGCAGCCGAUGACCUGCUACUACUACAUGGUGGUCCACUACGAUGACACAAUGUCGGCCAGCUGCAAACGCUAUCUGCAGGCCAAGUAUCGCUACAAGCUGAAUGGCAAGGAGUACAUCGAUAGCUUCAAGCUGGCCGAGCAGGAGGCGCGCAACGAUGACUGCAAAUACGCCGACGGCCUCGAGUCCCAGAUCAUGGUGGUGAACGGCCAGCUGCCCGGCCAGGCGAUCGAGGUCUGCUACGGCGACACCAUUGUCGCGGACGUGAUCAACAGCCUGCACGAGACGACGACCAUUCACUGGCACGGCAUACAUCAGCGCUCGACGCCGCACAUGGACGGCGUGCCGCAUAUUACCCAGUAUCCGAUUGAGGCUGGCCAGGCGUUUCGCUAUCGCUUCGAGGUGGAUCACGGCGGCACCAACUGGUGGCACAGCCACACCGAGCAUCAGCGCGCCUUCGGCCUGGCCGGAGCAUUGAUUGUCCGUCAGCCGCUCAAGCUGAAUCCCCAUGCACAUCUGUACGACUUUGAUCAGUCGGAGCAUGUCAUUAUGAUUCAGGAUUGGGUGCACAAUUUCGAUGAGAGCGUCGCCGAGAAUAUACUGAUCAAUGGACGCGGUCGCAACAUGAAGAAGGACAGCAAGGUGAAGCCCACGCUCUAUGCCACGUUCGGGGUCAUUCGAGGCGGUCGCUAUCGCUUUCGUGUCAUCUUCAAUGGCGUUUCGAACUGUCCGAUCAGCCUGAGCAUUGACAAACACGAUCUGGUGGUCAUAGCGAGCGAUGGCAACGACAUCGAGCCAGUCGAGGUGCAGAAGAUCAUGUUCCAUGGCGCCGAGCGUUUCGAUUUUGUGCUCCAUGCCAAUCAGGAGGUGGCCAAUUAUUGGCUGCGCAUCAAGGGCUAUAGCUUCUGUGCCAAGAAUCAGCUGCAUCAGGAGGCGGUGCUGCACUAUCAGAACGCCGAUACGCGCAACCUGGACACAACAACGCUCAGCUAUGCGUACGAUGCGCCGGGCCUGAUGCUCAACGAGCUGGGCGACGAUGCCGGCGGCAACAGCGCCGACAGCAUCUCCCUGGUCAGCCUGAAUGCGCAGCACGUGCAGCCGGCACUGAAUCCGGCGGUCACCUACUACAGCAGCAUGAACGCGUUCGAGCUGCGCGGCGAGGGCUUUCGCUUCCAGAUGGACGACAUCACGUUCAGCAUGCCGAAGAUGUCGCUGCUCCAGACACGUAAUCUGGGCAUCGGCCGGUUCUUCUGCAACAGCACGCAGCAGGCGGCGCUGGGUUUCAACUGCAAGAGCCGGCACUGCAAGUGCUCCAAUGUCAUCCAUGUGCCGGCCAAUAAGAAUGUCGAAUUUGUCAUAUCCAGCAAAUCGAACACGGCGCAUCCCAUCCAUCUGCACGGCUACACGUUCCGUGUGGUCGGCAUGGGCGUGCUCGGCGAGCAGCGCAUCGGCCAGAUCGAGGAGAUCGAUCGACGGACUCCGCUGCCGCGUCGCGGUCGCGGCGCUCCGCUCAAGGACUCCGUGCAGGUGCCAGCCUUUGGCUAUACCAUCAUACACUUCAACUCGGACAGUCCCGGCUAUUGGAUGUUCCACUGUCACAUAUCGCCGCACUCCGAGAACGGCAUGGCGGCCGUUGUUCGCGUCGGCGAAGAUAUCGAAAUGAAAAUGUGCCCCGUCAGCAAUUGUGGCCUCUGCAGCUCGGUGGCAUAAUCAACCUUUAAUUAAUCACUUACUAUUUCUUUUCAAUUGACCUGCCCAAAUAAACCGUUGAGUUUAGUGGCUAUCGCUA